AUGGAAGCCCCCAAAACCAGUGUAGCUUCAAUAGACUUGUUGAUAACAUUUUUACAAAAAAGGUGUCAAAUUUUAGAAGCUGUUGAGUCAGCAAUGCAGAUUAUUGUUCCCCCUCAGUCUACUACCAUCAAAAAAGGUAAUAAUAAUAAUCAAAAUAAAAUGCGUGCUACAUCGUCGUAUUUUGCCGCUGACGAUAUAAAAUGUUUUGCUUGUAAACAAUCACAUACCGUGUACAAAUGUCCGACGUUUUUGGAUAUGACAGUUCCUCAACGAAUUCCAAAGGUUACGGAUUUCAAUUUAUGCAACAUUUAUCUACGAAUACAUUUGGACAAAAAAUGCAAAUUUAAAAAAUGUUUUAAAUGCAAUAAACCACAUAAUUCAUUAUUACAUUUAGUAAAAAUAGUUCAUGAAUCAAAUAAUAAAGAAAACGAAGUAAAAACCAACUUUGAUUCUGAACCUAAUACUACGGUAACAGCACACGCAUAUCAUAAUAGAGGCGCCUAG